UAUUAGUGAAUAAGUCAUAUUCUUGUUUUAUUUUUUAUAUUGUUCUUAAUGUGUAUUGUAUUAAUGAUUUGUUAUCAAUUGAUGACGUAUAUUCUGUUAUGAUAUUUUAUUAGACACUGAUUUCUAUUAUUCAUAUUAAUAUUAGUAAUUAAACCAGUGACGAUCUGCGCUUUGACCUAACCACCUGCAAAUUCAAGUCAGUUAUAUUACUUUCAGAAAUAUAGAAACAAAAAAAAAUAUGAUGAUAUUUAAGAGUUAUUUACGAACUGUAAAAAAAGCAAAAUUUUAUUCAGUUAUCUUAGCAAUAUUUGCACUCGUAUUUUAUUGUUUGAAGUCAAAUAAUCGAAUUCCACACAAAUCGGAUACUAAACAUGCCAGACGUGUUCUAUUAUCAGUCAAUAACACAACAAAUCAAAAUGAAAAAUCGUUUUUUGAAGAAAUUUUUAUUUUUGAAGAACGCUAUCUUACCAUAUUGUGUACUUCCGCUGUUGCUUUGUAUUUAUUUUUAUUUUUAGGGGUAGUAUGCAAUCGUUAUUUGGUUCCAAGCAUUCAUAUAAUUUCUCAUAGGAUGAAGUUGAGUCAGGAUGUUGCGGGAGCGUCUGUAAUGGCUGCAGCAGUAGCAUGUCCCGAACUAUUUGUCAAUAUACUAGCUACGUUCUUUACAGAAGGCGAUGUCGGAAUCGGCACUGUAGUCGGCACUGGCUUAUUUAAUAUACUCUUGGUUCCUGGACUUUGUGUACUUAUGGCAUAUCAAGAGGUCAUACACUUAGAAAUUUGGCCCAUUACUCGUGAUGUAUUGAUGUAUCUUUUAACUAUAUCAUUAUUAGUUUGGUCAUUGGCUGAUAACAAAGUUUAUGCUUACGAAGCAUUUAUAUUAAUUAUAACUUACGCGGUAUAUUUAUUAAUUCUCUCUUAUAGCUCAUAUUUUGAAAAAAUAUUUAAAUAUAUUUUUCAUCAAAAGAACAAAGUUUUUGAAGGAUGCAGUGAAAGUCAGCCGAUACUUCCUCUAAAUGGAGUUGCAGAGAAUGGAUUUAUUGUGCAGGAGCAUAUUAUUUUGCCCAAAUGGAAGGACAGACUUCGUGAUAAACUAUUAAAUAUCAAAGAAUUAGUAGUAUGGCCUAUAGUCUUAAUUUUAAAAGUGACUAUUCCUAGCUGUGAUAGUUUAGAUAGAUUAUUUUGGAUACCUAUUACUAUGUUUAUGUGUAUAUUUUGGAUUGGAUGUGGAUCGUAUUUCAUUGUAGAAUUGAUUACAAUUAUAGGAAAUGAAUUCUCAAUUCCUGAUUCAGUUAUGGGAAUUACACUAUUAGCAAUUGGUAUGAGUGUACCCGAAAUGGUAUCUAGUAUAGCAGUUGCGAGACAAGGACAAGGUACUAUGGCUUUAUGUACCGCACUUAGUUCAUCAACAUUUGAUGUUUUAAUUUGUUUGGGUGUUCCAUGGUUUAUAAAAGCUAUGUGGUUCCAUAAGGAAAACUCGAGCGCAUCCAUAAAUGUUCACUCAAAAAGUCUUGAUGAUAGUGCAAUAGCUGUGAUGUUGAGUACAAUUGGUUUUAUGAUAUUGAUGUACGUUAAAACAUUUUCAUUAACUAAAAAAUCAGGUGGAUUUCUUGUUUUUAUUUGGUUAUUCAUUUGUUCAGCCAUGGUGUACAAUGAAUAUGCAACGCACUGAGAACAAUUUGUGAAGCUUAAUUGCUCAAUCAUUUUGCGUGAGUUGAUGAACAAUGACAUAUAAAUGGUUGAUGCCAACGUUGAAAUGAGCAGCGGAUUAUUGAUUUUGUUUCUGAAGACUGAAAUAUCAGUACCUAUUUUUGAUCAUAAGUCAGAAAGACGGAACCGUCUUAUCUUGUAGAAAUAGUUAAGACAAUUUUAAUGUUGAAAUAAAUAAGUACCUAUUGUAUAAUAAUAUCGUGUAUGUUAUUAAAUAGUUUAUAA